GCUUGUACCGUGGACUGUACAGACAUGAUGGGGACAGACUCUGAUCACUUCCAAACAGUCCCGCUGUCAGAGUCUCAGUCCUCCUUCUCCGGUCAGCCUUACUCCGUGUCCGUGCUUAAAGCUGGAUACUGCGUCCCCCAGUCCGACGGGACGUUUAGAGCCGACGGGACCAUCACCCUCAUAACCGGACCUAAGACUAUUCUGGUGGACACGGGGGGACCGUGGGACCGGGACUUUCUUCUCAAGUCUCUGAAAGACAAGGGCCUGGAACCGGGGGACGUUAACGUGGUCGUGGGGACUCAUGGACAUUCAGACCACGUAGGAAACCUGACUCUGUUUCCAUCAGCGGUGAUGAUUGUAGGAUAUGACGUCAGCGAAGGGGACACGUACCGCCCCAACAAGCUGGGAGACGGACACGCUUUUAUUAUUGAUGAGCAUGUAUCUGUAGUUCCCUGUCCGGGCCACACGGGUCAAGAUGUCAGCGUUCGGGUGAAGGGAACCUCAGCGGGCACAGUGCUGGUUGCAGGGGACUUAUUUGAGUGCUGCUCAGACGAGGACAGCUGGCGGGAUUUGAGCAUGAACACUGCGGCACAGGAGGUGAGCCGCCUAGAGGCGUUGCGCACCGCCGAUGUCAUCAUACCAGGACAUGGACUCCCGUUUAGAGUCCUCAGGAACUGA